AUGCACAUCUUUGGUCUUGGAAAUCCUCUGCUAGACAUCACAGCCAAAGUAGAAGAUUCGUUUUUGGAGAAAUACGGCCUUCCCAAGAACUCGGCUAUUCUCGCCGAGGCCAAGCACGAGACAAUGUACGAUGAGGUGAUCAAUAAGUUUGAGAUUGAGUAUUCUGCUGGCGGUGCCACGCAGAAUACUAUGCGUUUUUGCCAGUGGGUUGUGGGAAAGAACAACCAGGUGACCACCUUUGUAGGCUCCGUUGGUAAUGAUUACUUUGGAAAGAUCAUGGAGAA